AUGGAUGCUAGCAUAUGGUUACAACUUGUUACAUUAAUUACUUGUAUAAUAAUAGUUGUAUGUAAAGAUUAUUAUGAGAUAUUAGGUGUGAAACGAGAUGCUAGUGACAAAGAAAUUAAACGACGUUUUCGUCAAUUAGCUUUAAAAUAUCAUCCAGAUAAAAAUAAAGAUUCAAAAGCUGAAGAAAAAUUUCGUUCCAUAGCUGAAGCAUAUGAUACAUUAAGCGAUCCAAGUAAACGUCGUCAAUACGACAGACAAGGUCAUGAAUCAUUUACAUCAUCAUCAAAUUCAAAUGAUUAUUCAAAUUUUCAUUUUAAUAUGAACGAUUUUUUUCAACAUUUUGAUUCAGGAUCAUCUUAUUUUCAUCAAGCAGAUCAUAAUCAUUUUGGUUUUAAUUUUGAUCCAUUGUUCGAUGAUGAAGAUGAUAGUUAUGAAACAGAUUAUUUUUCUGAUGGAAAUUAUUUUGAUUUUGGUGAUUUCGGUAGUGAUUUAUUUGGAACAAGUAAUAAUAUGUAUGUUCAUACAUCGGAUUCUUCGCAACAAAAUUGUCGAACUUAUACAACAAGACAAGGAAAUACUGUGUCGACUAUAACAGAAUGCUUUUAA